UUUAUCCCUCUCACACCUUAUCACGCAUUAUUCAACGCAAUCCCCAUUGUCACCCACGAUUGUAUAGACUAGCUAUCGGUUUGGUAACUCUCGUUUGUUAAGAACAUAUCCAGCUCAAGGUGUUGCUUUCAUAUUUAUGGACUUAUCUACUUUUAAAACUCACUUAAACAUGAGAGGAAAUACUUUUGUUGCCUUUGUGAUGGUGAUGUCUUUGUUUUGCUUGGGACAAACACUUGAAUGCUUUCGGUGUGAGCUUGGAUUUUGGAAUAUGUGUUACACUACCAAGACAAACUGCAGUGAUGGUGAAUUGUGUUAUGUGGGAACUGGAAAAGCAGCUUCAGUCCUGGAUAUAAAGGUGAUGGGGUGUCUUCCCAUGGAGGAGUGCAACAAGACAACCGUUGUAGAGUUCCUUGCCAAUAAGACUUUAUACACCUUGAAAACCACCUGCUGUGAGGAAGACUUUUGCAACGCUGGCCCUCCAAUUCAGUUGUCCCUUGCUCCUCUUUUGCUUACCAUACUUCUCAUUGCUGAAAUGAUGGGUGUGUUUUGAUGAUUUUCCAAAAUGUAAUGGUUAUAUAAGGGAUCGGAGGCUCUUUUCAUGUUUACAUUGUUCACAUACUGUUCCUGUUUUUUCUGUUUUGCAUGAUCUAAAACCGCUGCCUUCAUGCCAUAGCACAUUUUUGGAUGCUCUUUUCUAGCCGGUUGAUUUGUUGAUCCAAACGAGUAAAUUAUAGAUGCACUUUAAAAUACGCUACCUAAUGUUUUCUUACCACAAACAUGUUUUACUGUUAAAUGAAUGCAAAUAUCAAACA